UUUCAUUUCCUGCCCGCUGUCACCCGAGAACACGCAGGGCAAUGAUGGCGGCCUUCAGUGUGGCUCGAAGCAGCUGCGGACUGAUAAACAGGUUAAGGAUAUCUUUCAGGAGUUUGGCGCCAGUGAAACAUGGCGCAGUCGCUGCCGCAGUGCCUCAGACGAACCUGCUACGGGACUGCCGCUGGUAUUCCGUCAGCCACCUGUCUGUUAAGGAGAGGAUUGACAAGAAACGGAAGGCGGCGCUAAUCGGGGGAGGUCAGAAGAGAAUAGAUGCACAACACAAAAGGGGUAAGCUGACAGCCAGGGAACGAGUGGAGCUUCUGCUGGACCCAGAGUCCUUUGUGGAGUCGGACAUGUUCGUGGAGCAUCGCUGCUCCGACUUCAACAUGGAGCAGGAUAGGAACAAGUUCCCGGGUGACAGCGUCGUGACAGGUCGAGGCAGGAUCAACGGCAGGCUGGUUUAUGUAUUCAGUCAGGACUUCACAGUGUUUGGUGGCAGUCUGUCUGGAGCCCAUGCACAGAAGAUCUGUAAGAUUAUGGACCAGGCCAUGACAGUUGGAGCCCCGGUCAUCGGGUUGAACGACUCUGGAGGAGCUCGGAUCCAGGAAGGAGUGGAGUCUCUGGCUGGAUAUGCAGAUAUAUUCCUGAGGAAUGUGAUGGCUUCAGGAGUCGUUCCUCAGAUCUCCCUCAUCAUGGGUCCCUGUGCAGGAGGAGCUGUCUACUCUCCCGCCCUGACAGAUUUCACCUUCAUGGUUAAGGACACAUCAUACCUGUUCAUCACAGGACCUGAUGUUGUGAAGUCUGUCACCAACGAAGACGUGACUCAAGAGGAGCUCGGUGGAGCCAAAACACACACCACCGUGUCUGGAGUGGCUCACCAUGCAUUUGAGAAUGACGUUGAAGCCUUGCUCAACCUGCGAGAGUUCUUCAACUUCCUGCCGCUAAGCAAUCAGGAUCCCGCUCCCAUCAGGGAGUGCCACGACCCCAGCGAUCGUCUGGUACCUUCAUUGGACACCAUCGUCCCCUUUGAGUCAACUAAAGCCUAUGACAUGUUGGAUAUCAUUCAAACAAUAGUGGAUGAGAGGGACUUCUUUGAGAUCAUGCCAAACUACGCCAAAAACAUUGUGGUGGGAUUUGCCCGCAUGAACGGACGCACUGUAGGCAUUGUGGGUAACCAGCCCAAAGUGGCUUCUGGUUGUUUGGAUAUCAACUCCUCAGUGAAGGGAGCCCGCUUUGUACGCUUCUGUGAUGCUUUCAAUAUUCCCAUCAUCACCUUUGUGGAUGUGCCGGGCUUCCUGCCAGGUACCGCUCAGGAGUAUGGAGGCAUCAUCAGACACGGAGCCAAACUGCUGUUUGCCUUCGCAGAGGCCACCGUCCCGAAGAUAACCGUCAUAACUAGAAAGGCUUACGGAGGAGCCUAUGACGUGAUGAGCUCUAAACACUUGAGAGGAGAUGUAAACUACGCCUGGCCCUCAGCUGAGGUUGCUGUCAUGGGUGCCAAGGGUGCUGUUCAGAUUAUCUUCAGAGGAAAGGAGAACCAGGCUGACGCAGAGGCUGAAUACGUGGAGAAGUUCGCCAACCCCUUCCCUGCUGCUGUCAGAGGUUUUGUGGAUGACAUCAUCGAGCCGUCGAGCACUCGCAAGAGGAUCUGUAGAGAUCUGGAGGUGCUGGCCAGCAAGAAGCAAGUCAACCCCUGGAAGAAACACGCCAACAUUCCUCUGUGAAACACCCAAACUGUUUCCACAUUAACACUAUCAAAAGGCACUCGCUCUGGGAUUUUCUUGAUAUUGACUUUGCAUUCAAACUGCAGUGGUACCACAUGAUGACGACUUGCUUGGCUGCCAAGCAGAUGUUGGUUGUCAUAUUUAACUGUCAUUUACCACUCCACUGAAAGCAGCACAAAAAGAUAAACACCCUGAUUUUGUAAGUGCUUAAUAGCAGCCCUAAAUUUCCUUCCAGCUCACUGCUUAUGUUUUGAACUAAAAACUGUGUUAAAACAUCAACCUCAAGCUGUGAAAAGAUUUGGGGGAAAUAUUGAUGCUCUGUAAACAAAAUCAUCACGUGUAUCUUUACAUCUUUACCACUAAUAUGCAAGAUAGGAAAAUUCUAACACAUAUUACAGUACCUGAAUGGAAUAAUGCAUUGGUCACACACAUUUUAAGGUAAUCAUCAUGUCAGUAGUGGCCAUAUUGGUCACUAUUGUUGGUAAGAUUUGACAUUUUGAGAACAAGAUUGUAUCUGAAUGGGCAGAUUUAAGUAUUGCUGAUAAAAUGCAACUGUCAACUUGAUAGUUUUAAUGGAAAAUGCACACAUGCUGUAGUCUGUUGUCAUGUAGUGUUUCCAAAGUUGUUAAUGUACUGUAUUAGUUCUUGAGGUUUCUGGUGUGUACAGAAGUUUGAGUUUUCAGAUUCACUCGUGUGUUUCAUGUCCUCCGUUUAGUCAUCCUUACAACCUGGAACUGUGCCUUUUCCCGCUGGCAGGCUCUGCCCUGCCAUUUGUAAAAUAAAUCAUUGAACCAA